AUGCCAGUAUCAGAUUGGCCGCAUGAUGGUCUUUCUCGCGAGGAAAAGAUAGACAGGCUCUUCUCACAAAAUUUUUGUAAUGAGGAACACAUCCAAGCCUUUUCCCGCGCCCUAGGUACCCCAGAUGAGGAGAGUGGCCCCCCAAGUCCUGUCGAGACGUUCUCGAGCUUUGGACAAUCCCAUAGUUCCAAAGUAGCGAAUUCCCCACAACAACCGAGAGUCCAUAAGGUAUCAGCAGUGAGCGACUUUGCUCCAAUCCACACCAAGGUGAAAAGAGGUGCCCCACACGUAAAGCAAGAGAAACUAUACCAAAUAUUUCGAUGGCCAUUGUUGAUACUCCUGAAUACAAUCAUCGGGAUUGAGUUUGGGAUGUACGUUUUGAUCAGGCAAAUAGUGAAUGCGUUCGAAUGGCUACUAGCUUGGCGAGGUCCCAAAGGAGUUUUGCGGUCUCAUUUGCGAAGUGCAAGGUCAUGGGAUGAAUGGAAGCAAGCUGCAAACGCGAUGGAUGAAUAUUUGGGUUUCAAUGAGUGGAAGAAGAAUGAUGAAGACACUUAUUACGAUCACUCACUGGUCCGCAAAGUGCGACGUUCGUUGAGAACAUACCGCCAGAACAAUGAUGUCCGUGCACUAAUGGGUGUUCUGGAGGUUUGCCUCCGAGAUAACUUUGCCGGUGCUGAGAACCCUCGGUUGUACUCAGAAACAUUUAUUGGGACGAAGGAUGCCAUCGAAGCUUACAUCAAGGAAGUUGAAGAUGCACUAGCGUUCGUUAGAUCGACACGGGAAUUGAGCGAUGAAGAGAAGAGAAGGUUUUUUCGGAAUGCUUGCCGAAGUUUUGGCUCUUCGGCGCUUUGCUUUUCAGGGGGUGGCGCCUUUGGUUUCUAUCACUUCGGUGUGUUGAAAGCAUUCCUUGAUACAGACCUUAUGCCGAGAGUAUUUAACGGCACUUCUGCUGGUGGGCUCACUGCAGCAUUUGCAUGCACCCAUACGGACGAGGAGCUUCGACUAAUGACAGGGCCGCGCUUAGCGGAUCAUAUUACAUGUUUUGAGGAAUCAUUCAGCACCACGCUUUCUCGGUUGUUCCAGACUGGCGCAAUGUUUGACACCCUGGCAUGGGCCCGGAAGUCUAUGUUCUUUACAAGAGGCUCUAUGACAUUUCGGGAAGCGUACGAGCGCACAGGGAAGGUGCUCAACGUUUCGGUAAUUCCGUCGGAUCGUCAUUCUCCCACCAAACUAUUGAACUACCUUACCGCGCCGGACUGCAUUAUUUGGUCCGCGAUAAUCGCCUCAUCAGCUGUUCCUACCAUCCUCAAUCCAGUCGUCUUGAUGCAGAAAACCAAGUAUGGCCAAGUUGUCCCGUGGAAUUGGGGUGGUAGAUUUAAAGAUGGUAGUCUUCGUGUAGAUGUACCGAUACAGUCCUUGAAUUUACUCUUCAACGUGAACAAUACCAUCGUAUCUCAAGUGAACCCUCAUGUUCAUCUGUUCUUCUUCGCGUCUCGGGGUUCUCCUGGACGACCGGUCGCCCACCGGAAGGGGAAAGGGUGGCGAGGAGGAUUCCUUUUGUCGGCGGCUGAGCAGUUCCUGAAGCUCGAGCUGACCAAAAAUUUCAAGGUAAUUCGCGAUCUGGAGCUUAUGCCCCAGAUUCUCGGCCAAGAUUGGUCAAGCGUUUUUCUGCAGCGUUUUGAUGGCAGUGUAACGUACGAUUUCCUUCGAAUCCUGAGUGACCCAACGCGUACUGAAAUGCAACGGAUGCAACACGCAGGGGAGCUUGCGACUUGGCCCAGGCUUCACAUGGUCGAGAACCGAUUUCGAAUUGAACGAGAGAUAUUUCGAGGCCGGCUGGCGUUUCGCCAGCUGGAUACACGAGGCAUUUCUCGUCGUGUGGGCGUUCCACUUCCUGGUCCCGAGACAAACACCCCAGACUUCAGACCAGAAGUUAACCCAGGCACGCCAGCGGACAGAAAGAGCGGCCCGAAGGCUGCCACCCUAGCAACCCCCUGA